AUAUAUAUGUAUAUAUAUGUAUAUAUACACACACAAAUAUCAUCUCCACACCAAAUGAUUAAUGAAGAUCCCAAUAUUUAUUUUUAUAAAAAAUAAUUAUUAUAAAAAACAAAAACUUUUAUAAUUAUUUAAUAAUUAUAUAAUUAUUAUCUGUAUUUGUCUAUAAACUCUCCUCGCGGGUGGCUAAUAUCCGGAGUAGCUAACUCCAAGUCCAACCAACAUUUCACAUCAAAUCCCACACAACCCAUUUAUCAACGUACAAAACCCCACGCGCCACCUCCUCGGCUGCCAUGGCAAAACCCCGGCUCAUCCUCGUCUUGUAUGCAGCACAAGGUCACAUAAACCCCGGCCUGCAAUUGGCAGAGCGCGUCAUCGCAGCCGGCGCAGAGAUCACCUUGGUCACCACCAUCUUUGCCCACCGGCGAAUCAUCAAGGCCAAAACUUCCCCACCAGCCGGCUUGUCUUUCGCCCCCUUCUCCGACGGCUACGACGAAGGGCUCAAGCCCGGAGAUGACGUCAAGACCUUCGUAUCGGAGAAUCGCCGUCACGGAAAGCAAGCUCUCUCCAAGCUCAUAGACUCGGGUGCCAAAGAAGGCCGUCCAUUCACUGGCAUAGUCUACAGCUUAUGCCAGUAUUGGGUUGCAGAGUUAGCUCAUGAGCUUCAAAUUCCAACAAGUUUGCUUUGGGUUGAGCCCGCUACAGUGUUUGAUAUGUACUACUAUUACUUCCAUGGCUAUGAAGAUAUCAUCAAGGACAGUAUCAAUAACCCUUCAUGUUCAGUAGAAUUACCUGGACUGCCAUUGCAGCUCACUGGUGCAGACAUUCCCUCCUUCAUGGAUGCUUCGAAGCCUAGCAAUGAUAUUGCCAUGCAAGUGCUCAAAGAGCAGUUUGAAGUUCUUGAAAAAGAAAGAAACCCAAAAGUGCUUGUGAACACCUUUGAUGAUCUAGAGCCUGAGGCUUUGAAAGCAAUAACUGAGAUCAAUUUAAUUGGGAUUGGACCGUUGAUUCCAAUUACUUUCUAUGAUGGGAAAGAAUAUCAUGAAUAUCCAUCUGAGACUAGUUCAUUUAGAGGAGAUCUUGAAGGCUCAAGGGAUUGGAAUUGUAUGGAAUGGAUGAAUUCGAAACCAAAAGCUUCCAUUGUUUAUGUUUCGUUUGGAACUGUGUGUGUGUUGCCAAAGCAACAAAUGGAGGAAAUUGGAGGUGGGUUAUUGGAUUUUGGGCAACCAUUUUUGUGGGUUAUUACAGAGAAGCAAUAUGAAGAGGGAAAGAAAGAAGAAGAUGAAUUGAGUUGCAUAGAGGAAUUGGAGAAGCUUGGGAAAAUAGUUCCAUGGUGUUCUCAAAUGGAGGUUUUGUCAAAUCCUUCAUUAGGCUGUUUUGUGACACAUUGUGGGUGGAAUUCGACAUUGGAGAGUUUGGUUUGCGGCGUUCCAAUGGUGGCUUUUCCGAGGUGGAUAGACCAAGGAAGCAAUGCAAAGUUGAUAGAGGAUUCAUGGAAGACGGGGUUAAGAGUGAAAGCGAGUAAGGAAGGGAUUGUUGAAAGAGAUGAGAUUAAGAGGUGCUUGGAAUUGGUAAUGGGCGAUGGUGAAAUUGGGGAAGAAAUCCGAAGGAAUGCUAAGAAAUGGAAGGAUUUGGGUAGAGAAGCUGUGAAGGUAGGUGGAUCUUCUAAUAAGAAUUUCAAGGCAUUUGUGAAUGAGAUAAUUUCUGAUUCCUAUAUUCAUGAAGAGAAGCUGUGAAGGGUGAUAUCCAGUGGGUGGAGAGCGUAGUGAACAGGUUGACCUUGACAUCGACAUCGAUGAGUCGCUUUUACAAAUGUCAGGGCCGGGUUUAUGCAACCUUGUGUCGGAGGAUGAAUGCAACGAGGAUGAUCCUGGCGGUGAAAGAGGGAAGAAAUGGAGUUGUGAAUUGUAAUGAGACUUUGCCUUUAAAACCUUUUGUACAGAUGCAUGAAUAGAUAUGCCAAGAUUUGAAUAAGAAAUUAGUUAAACCUUGUUUUCUUAUCAAACAA